AUGCCCUCAAAACUACCAUUCCUGCUUUCUGCACUUGCCUUUAGUUCAGCCCAAGCAUACGACGCAGGCGUCUAUGGCCUAGGCUACUGGAACGAAACCUACGCCAUGGAAGCAAACGCCCACCCCAACGCCACAUCCUCCGUCCCUUUUACGCUCGGCACCAAAAACUUCACCUUCCAAGUCAAUGUCGCAGAACUUAUACCUACAGGCUACAACUUCGUUCCAAACCCCCGCCAAGCAGCUGCGUUUUACAACUUGCUCUGGGAGGGUGGAGGUAGUUUAAACCAGAGUAUCAGAGAUGCGGUAACCACUGGGAGUGGAGAAGGUGUUCCGACGAUGUGUUUGACCGUGCCGUUGGGACCGAUGACAAGGGAAGCUACAAAUGGCUACAAGGAGGAAGAUAAUGGGGAUUGCAGCAACGCGUUCGGAAGCAAGUGUAUGCAAGAUUUGAAAAAAGUGGAUCUUUCGUCGUUUACCAAUUCGAUUACUUGCGAUUUAUCUUGGAUGCCCAAGAGUUGUAGCGAGAGGUUCGGAGAUGGCGGGUUAGGGGGAAUAGAACUCGUCAGUCCUUACGUGUCAAGCAAUGACACUAGAGGACUGAUCCAAUACAUGUACUCUCCCGUGGAAAUCUCAUACUACAGCUCUCAGGUUUUCUCAGCAGGCAAUUCGAGUUAUUAUGAGAGGGAAGAUGAGAGAUUGCAUGCUAUUUUUCUGUCGGGGAGUUGGGGUGUUACGCCAGUUUGUAACCGGGUUAAUACUACGAAGGUGGGGAAGGAUAAUGAGGCUGUUUAUCAGGGUGGUGCUGGGGGGUUGAGGGGGAGUAGUUGGUUGGUGGGGUGCAUGGCGGUGAUGGCGGUGGGGGUGGGUAUGAGUAUGCUUUGA